GUCUCAUCGCGAGUCCCCCCAAAAAGCCUUCGACUCCCCCUUCGCCCCUCCGAAACAACAAAAAAAAUAAUCAACAACAAUGGCUGAUCGCGGCGGUGCUCGUGGCGGUGGUUUCGCUUCUCGGGGCGGCGCCCGUGGUGGUGAUCGUGGUGGUCGUGGCCGUGGUCGUGGCCGUGGUCGCCGUGGCGGCAAGAGCGAGGAGAAGGAGUGGCAGCCUGUCACCAAGCUGGGCCGUCUUGUCAAGGCUGGCAAGAUCAACAGCAUGGAGGAGAUCUACCUGCACUCCCUGCCCAUCAAGGAGUACCAGAUUGUCGACCAGUUCCUGCCCAAGCUCAAGGACGAGGUCAUGAAGAUCAAGCCCGUCCAGAAGCAGACCCGUGCCGGUCAGCGCACCCGAUUCAAGGCCAUUGUCAUCAUCGGUGACUCUGAGGGCCACGUCGGUCUCGGAAUCAAGACCUCCAAGGAAGUCGCCACUGCCAUCCGUGCCGCCAUCAUCAUCGCCAAGCUGAGCGUCAUCCCCGUCCGAAGAGGCUACUGGGGCUCCAACCUCGGUCUCCCUCACUCCCUGCCCUGCAAGGAGUCUGGCAAGUGCGGUUCCGUCACCGUCCGACUGAUCCCUGCCCCCCGUGGUACCGGCAUUGUCGCCUCCCCCGCCGUCAAGCGAUUCCUCCAGCUCGCCGGUGUCGAGGACGCCUACUCCUCAUCCGCCGGCUCCACCAAGACCCUCGAGAACACCCUCAAGGCCACCUUCUCCGCCGUGUCCAACACCUACGGCUUCCUGACCCCCAACCUGUGGAAGGAGACGAAGCUGAUCCGAAGCCCUCUGGAGGAGUUCUCCGAUACCCUGCGCGAAGGCAAGCGAUACUAAGCGCUUGGGAGAGGGAACGGGAGAAAGAGUGUGGUUGUUGAAGAAGGGGGACUGGAAACGGUGCCGCGGAGUCAACGAAGACAAACUUGUGUUUCAUUGCAUGGUUUUUGGCCGGUUAGGAACUUUUUCGGACAUGAGCGUCAUGAGGAUAUAAAAAUGGGCCAUGAUCUGGAAUG